AUGGCAACGAGCUGCUGGAGGACACCAGCACCAGCAGCAGGCUCUAACAAGAUGGAGGCUGAGGGCCACCAACCAACUUCUGCUCAGCUUCAGGAGGCAGUUCAAGCUCUGCCAGAAGAAAACGUGCAGCUGUGUGACAAAAAUGAAAGCUCCUUCAGCAAAGUGGGUUUCCUGGAACGCAGACUGACUCACCUGGCCAGCACCAGUUCAGAUCUGUCCUGCAGGCUGGUCCAGAGUGAAGAAGAAAGACUGAAGAUAACUAAGGAGUUUGUGGAGGAGAAAAUUCAGAUAAAUAAGAUGAAACAGCAACAUGAGGAAGAGAUGUUUGAGCUGAGAAAUAAGGUUCACGACCAGGAAGGGGUGAUAACAGUGCUUCAAACAGAGAGAGACAACUUGUCUGGAGAGCUCAAGUCGACUGAAGCUUGUCUGAAGGUGAAAGAGAAGAGCAUCCAAGAUCUGACGGAGGAGUGUGUCACACUGAAGAGGAAGUACCUUGUUCUGGCUGAUGCCCAUGAUAGAGAACUGUUUCAGAGCCGUGAGCUGAGUGCAGCGCUGCUGGCAAUGGCCGACUCUCAAGUUGCCCUCCGCAGGCAGCUGGACGAGCAGCAGGAGAGUGUGAAGGCUAGCACCCAGGACCUUCACGGCGAGCUGGACAGGGUGCGGGCUCUUAUCAGUCACAUGUCACAAAAUAGACUUGUGUUGCUUGAAAACCAAGAUGAGAUCAAAGACACGUUGAAGAAAAUGAAACACAGCCAUGAAGAGCAUCAGAAGAAACUGGAAGAGAACGUGAUGGUGGUGAUGAGUAAAGAUCAGCAGGAAAACAGCAUCACAAGUCAUAUUAACCUGAAGAAACUGUCCGAGCAGAAUGUGAUAUGCUGCCAGAGUGAAGUGAAGAAGGUCGAAGAAGAGAACUCUAAGCUUCAGCUGCAGGUCAAAGAGUUGAAUGAUGAGUACCGUGCAAGGCUGCUUUGUUAUUUACGGGACAAAGCUGACUACAUUGAUGGACCCGGGCAGAGUAAAGGCCCAGUAAAGCAGGGUAAAAUGAGAGCGUUGGUGGAUGGCCUCCUGCAGGAUGUUCGUUCAUCUUACAGGCUCAGAGAGGAACAGCUUGCAUCUGCUGCUCGCUCUUAUAAGAAGAGACUGCAGAGGAUAACUGAUAUUUACCAUGAACUCCUUACUGCAUACAGAGCACAGAGGGAGCAGAUCUUGGCAAAGCCUGAGAGCGGUCUGGAACCUGGACCUCCGGCAGCCUAUUUCAGCCUGCAGUCCAGUGAACUGAAUAAAUGUGAAAAGGAGCUUCAACGGAGCCGGUCAAGGCUGGAAGGUCAGCUGCAGGCGGUCCGGGAGCAGGUAGCACAAAAGAGACUUGGUUCCUCUGAAGUGGAUUGAUCCGCCUUUGUUUUUAAUCAGAUGAAAGCUUCUGUUUGGUUUCUCUGAUUCCUUUGUGUCCACACUUCCCUGUAUAAGCCAAAGUGGGUGAGUAAUCUGCAAAAAAUGACUUUACAAUCAGAGUACAAAACAGCAGUGAUGUAAUGUUUACUGCUAUUUUUCUUUCUGGUUUUUGUGAGUCGUGGAACAGCCUCCGCAUAUAUGUGUUUAUUUUGCCAUUAGUUUCAAAUUAACCUUUUGAAAAUGUGGAUUUAUGCAGAGCAAACUGAGAAAUGUUUACUUAUUUUUUGUCUUCCAGAAAUAACCUUUUGAGAAGCGAUAAUGAAAGAAUCAUGCUGGGUGUUUAAUUACUGAGCUUUAUAAAGGGUUGUUUAGAGGUUAAACUAACGCCAGAGAGUACUUGGUCGGAUUGUGGUGCUUGAUUCUGGUGUUUCGACCCCGAGUCGAACCUUAGAAAGACACAGGUUUGAAAACAGCAGUCAGAUAUGAGCAACACCAAGUGAAGCUUAGAAAUGUCUCUGGUGUAUAAUUUCUCAUAUCAGCAAAAUACAUGGGUUCA